AUGGAGCUCGAGAUCCAUGUGCGCCGAGCGCGGAACUUGACGUUCGCCGCGUCCUCGAUCGACCCGGCGGCGCUGGAGCUGCGCAUCCAAUGCUCUGUCAACGGAGACCUCCGGAGCAGCGGCAGCGGCAAGCGGUCCUCAUCCAAGGGCUUUGACGGCUACGUCUGGCGCGGCGACGCCGGCGUGCUGCGGUGGCACCUCUCGCUCGCCGACUUUCGCCGCCUUAAGAGCAUGCGCCCAACCGUCAAGAUCUACGUCUUUGGCAUUGGCGCCCAGGUGCACACACUUGGCUGGUUCUUCCUCGACUUGCGGACACCCGACACGGCGUUGCGCUGGGUCAAAAUUCUCAACUCCAAGCACCACGGCGAAGUGUACGUCAAGAGCCAAAUCGCCAAGGCGAGCGCGGUACCCGCGCCGGCGACUCCGCAGGCCCUCCCUGCCACAACCACCACGACCACGACCGCCGAGCACAUGGCGCCCGAGUCGCCCGAGUGCUUGGUCGUCGGACCCAUCGAGACAGCGACUGAUCUCUUCCUCCUCACGAUCACCUUGGUCAAUGCGCGCGAGAUGACGGCCAUGAUCACCAAACUGCUUCAGAAAUCGUCGCCGACUGAGAUCGCCGCUAUCAAGAGCGCGGGCUUCUGGCUGGCGUACUCGCUCUUCGACGUGCUCGUGCAAAGCGAUGCGUUCACGUCGCUCGAGUCGGCCGACUUUGGCCUCAUCCGUGGCGUCUUUCGACUCCAGAGCUCGCUGACCUAUCUGCGCGAGCACACGCUGGCGACUCCUUUGCCUCUCUUCCUCUGCACAAUCGACCGCAUCCUCGGGCGUGUUGAAGUGCCGCUACGAGCGCUCGCCGAGCUCGACUUGCCCGCGCACGCUGAAGGCAGCUACCCGUUUGAGCCCUCCCACGCGACCAAAGGCACGCCGUUGGGCGUCGUGGAUGUCGCACUGGAUCUCGUGCUCGAAGCUCGGCCCAGCGUAGAAACCGCACCCGAGGCCAAAGCCUCUGUCACCGUCGAGCCAACGCCAAGCGUCUUCUACGGCAGCAUCGACUAUGUUGAGCUCCCUCAUCGACAGCAUCUGGACGCGGAUGACGGCAUCAUGGAGCUCACCACAUCGAGCUCGGACGAGAGUCUUCGCGCCCCGAUGGUCGUGGCGGAGCACCGAGACGCUGUGCUCAUGUGGACGGACGGACUCUCUUGGCUCUCGCCCACGGCCCGUGACGACGUGACCGUCACCGUUGGUGAGAUGCAAUUCCACGCGACGCUGCUACACGAUGUGCGCUCGGCUGCGCUUUACGAAGACGAUGGCCGCGCGGUGGGCACCAUCUUUUACAGCUACACCUCCGAGACGCCACCGCCAGCGACGCUUCGGCGCCCCGGAUCGCCACAGGUGCUCGUGCUCCAGGUUCGCUCGAUCAAAGCCGGUAGUCACUUUGACGCGUCCAGUGCGCCGGUGCACGUUGCGUUUGAAGCGCCGCUCGUCGAGACCAAGGGCGGACCUCGCUUGUCGACAUCUCGCGUCUCGCUUCGCGCAAAAGAAGACGUUGACGUUGAGGCGGCCAAGACGGUGUUUUGCCACGUGCAAGCGUCGCAGCUUCAACGACCGUGGCAACUGCAUCUCGAGACCGCCGCCCGCGACAGCAUCGCCGUCGCGACGCUCAGCCUCGCGUACCUCGGUAUGCUCAAGCAGAGCCAGCGUUGCGACCUCUGUGGCGAGGCUCUUGCAGAAAACACCGACCACCGCCACGACGACGAGCCACCGAGCGGGACAACCUUUACGCACUGCGAAGUCUACAUACCGGCCGUCGCGCGCCCCGGCUCGGACACGGUCGUUGCCGUCUUGCACGUUGUUGCCACCUUGCAAGACAAGUACCCGAUCGCACCGGUGUACCCGCCGUUGCCCGCGAACCCCCGUCCAAGCCCGUCAGCGCCUCGACAAGACACGCAGACCCAUCACGACGACAAUGUACAAGUCUCGCCGACGACUGCAAUCGGAUCAGCAGCACUUGUACCAGCCUUGCUGGCGCCGGCGCCCACAACGACGGUAGCAUGUACGUGUGUGGCGACACUGGCCACCGAGAAGCGGCACCUCGCGGAGAAGCAGCGCGAGCUGCAGGCCACGCACCACCGACGCAUGGAAACCCUCGAAGCCGAGUGGGCGAGUCGCGAGAAAGAUCGUGUCCAGACGGUUCGCGCCGCGCAGCACGAGUACAUGGCCCUUGAGACCGAGUUGCGCAAAACGUUGGCCGAGCUGGAGCAGCGCGAACGACGCCUCGCGCACGCCGAAGAGUCGGCGCGGCUCCAGAGCGAGCUCCAGAAGCAAGAGACCGAGGCCAACGAGCGUCGGGUGAAGCGAGAGACGUCGGCGACGCUGCAGAGCAUGGAAGCGCAGCUCGAGCGAGUGCAA